CCCAGCACGGGCUAUAAGUUCCCCUGUCCCCGCAGGGCACCGUUCACAGUGGGCACGCCUGGACACGCCGUCGGAAGAGCCCCCGCUGCCACCACCAGAACAUGGCUGAGGAGCUGGUUCUGGAGAGAUGCGAGCUGGAAUUGGAGGCCAAUGGCCGUGACCACCACACAGCUGACCUGUGCAGGGAGAAAUUGGUGGUGAGGCGUGGACAGGCUUUCCGCCUGACACUGUACUUCCAGGACCGUGGCUAUGAGGCCAGCGUGGACAGGCUCACCUUCAACGCAGCAACCGGGCCAGCACCCACCCAGGAUGCCUGCACCAAGGCCUGUUUCCCGUUGUCUGAGGCAUACGAGGAGGGGGCCUGGUCAGCCACAGUGGUGGACCAGCAGGAGGGGAUCCUAUGGCUACAAUUCUCCACCCCGGCCAAUGCCCCUGUGGGGCUGUACCAACUAGUCCUCGAGACCUCUACCGGCUACCAGGGCUCCAGCUUCAUGCUCGGCCACUUCACGCUGCUCUUCAAUCCUUGGUGUCCAGCGGAUGCUGUAUACCUGGAAUCUGAGGAGGAGCGGCGGGAGUAUGUGCUCACGCAGCAGGGUUUCAUCUACCAGGGCUCAGCCAAGUUCAUCAAGAGCAUCCCCUGGAACUUCGGGCAGUUUGAAGACGGGAUCUUGGACAUCUGCCUGAUGCUUCUGGACGUCAACCCCAAGUUCCUGAAGAAUUCUGGCAAGGACUGCUCCCGCCGCAGCAGGCCUGUGUAUGUGGGCCGAGUGGUGAGCGCCAUGGUCAAUUGCAACGAUGACCAGGGCGUGCUUCAGGGCCGCUGGGACAACAACUAUGGGGACGGGGUCAGCCCCAUGUUCUGGAGUGGCAGCGUGGACAUUCUACGGCGCUGGAAGGACUUCGGCUGCCAGCGAGUCAAGUAUGGCCAGUGCUGGGUCUUUGCCGCUGUGGCUUGCACAGUGCUGCGGUGUCUGGGCAUCCCCACCCGUGUCGUGACCAACUAUAACUCAGCCCAUGACCAGAAUAGCAACCUGCUCAUUGAGUACUUCCGCAACGAGUUUGGAGAGGUCCAGGGCGAUAAGAGUGAGAUGAUCUGGAACUUCCACUGCUGGGUGGAAUCGUGGAUGACCAGGCCGGAUCUGCAGCCGGGGUAUGAGGGGUGGCAGGCCCUGGACCCCACACCCCAGGAAAAGAGUGAAGGGACGUACUGCUGUGGCCCGGUUCCAGUUCGUGCCAUCAAAGAGGGUGACCUGACCCCCAAGUACGAUGCCCCGUUCGUCUUUGCUGAGGUCAAUGCUGAUGUGGUGGACUGGAUCCGGCAGGCAGACGGGUCCAUGCACAAGUCCGUCAACCACUCCCUGAUCGUGGGGCUAAAGAUCAGCACGAAGCGUGUGGGCCGUGAUGAGAGGGAGGACAUCACCCACACCUACAAAUACCCAGAAGGAUCUGCGGAGGAGAGGGAGGCCUUCACGAAGGCCAACCAUAUGAACAAGUUGGUGGAAAAAGAGGAGACAGGGAUGGCCAUGCGGAUCCGCGUGGCCGAGAGCAUGAGCCUGGGCAGCGACUUUGACGUCUUUGCUCAUAUCUCCAACAACACGACCGAGGAACACACCUGCAGCCUGCUGCUCUGUGCCCGCACGGUCAGCUACAACGGGGUCCUAGGGCCCGAGUGUGGCACUGAGCACAUCUCUGACCUCGCCUUGGAGCCCUACUCAGAGAAGAGUGUGCCCCUGCGCAUCCUGUAUGAGAAGUACUGUGACUGCCUGACUGAAUCCAACCUCAUCAAGGUGCGCGGCCUCCUUGUCGAGCCAGCCAGCAACAACUAUUUGCUGGCCGAGCGGGACAUCUACCUGGAGAAUCCCGAGAUCAAGAUCCGGAUCCUGGGCGAGCCCAAACAAAACCGCAAACUGGUGGCUGAAGUGUCCCUUCGCAACCCACUCAUGGUGCCCCUGUCAGGUUGCAUCUUCAGCGUGGAGGGGGCUGGACUGACCCAGGAGCACAAGAUUGUGAUGGUCGAAGACCCCAUAGAGGCAGGAGAAGAAAUCAAGGUGAGGGUGGAUCUGCUGCCGCAGUUCGUUGGCCGACACAAGCUGGUGGUCAACUUCGACAGCGACAAGCUGAAGUCCGUGAAGGGCUUCCGCAACGUCAUCAUCGGCCCUCCCUAAGGGGCCCGAGUUCAGCCCCUCCUCAGCCAGCUGAGUCCUCAGUCUUGACCCCAAUCUUCAUCCCAAGCUAAUGAGCAAAUUUUGCCCAUCUUGGGCCACAACCCACCCACCCCCGGAGGGAGGGUGGGUGGCCUGCGAGGGCUCUUUAAAAUCAAAUGUGCUUCUGACUCAUCUCAUCAUCCCGAGACUACGAGAAAUGCUCAGUGCCUCCAUGGCGGGGCCCUGUCUUGAGUGGCUGGGCCCGGGGUGGGGAGGAGGACCAUGGGCCAUUGGAGAGACCUGAGCAUGACCAUACUGUUGGGUCCACUCUCUAGGCUAAAGGGGGACGAAACACACAGGCAGGCACUGGGACUCAGUCAUCCAGA